AUGUAUUUUUUAUGGAAAAGUUUAAGUAACAUUGGAUUCAAAAUUCCCAUUACCAGCAAGUUGAAUUAAUAUGAGUUUAAGUGUUAAAUUAUUAUAUGUUUAAAGCAUAAAUCUUACAUAAAUCAAUAAGUUAGAAGGUCAGAGAAUGCAGCGGUUAAUUCUAUAAUGUAUUAGUGUUAUUCCUAGUUUUUGGUUAUUGUUGCAAUAAUAACGAUCAGAUAUUAAUAUAAAAUAAAUUUGAAUUUUGAAAUGAGAGGAAGAUCAAUCUAAAAUCCGUAGCCAUUUUAAAUGCGCUCUCCUUAAAGAGCAGUUUCACCAAUUAUUUAAGUUGUUCCUUAAGCACCUUAGUAGCAAGCUCUUUCUGACAGUUUAAUUAGUAUGAAAAUGGAAAAAGUCUUAAUGGGAUUUGAAAUUUAAAGAUUAAAUUGUGUAUUACUUGAGUUGGAUAGAAAAAGAAAUGCUAUGAAAAAUACUAUGUAAAAAUUUGAUUAAAUAAAGAUAAUAACAUUAGGAGAGGGAAUAAGUUUUGCUUCUUGAAGUAUAAAGUUAGAAAUAAGAAAUAAAUGAAUUACAAUAGAAAGAAAAAUUAGCAAGGGAGAAAUUAAAUUCUUUUUUAAGAUAAGCAAGUCAAUAAGAAAACUAAAAUAAAGUAUAAAAAUAUGUUAUCUUAGGAUUAAUCAAAUAAAUUAGAAGAGAUAAGAAAAUUAUAAGAAGAAAAUAAAUUAUUAGAAUCAAAACUAUCAUAUUUACUUAGUCUAAAUCAAUUAGAAAAUAAAUAAGAAGGUACUUCAAUAAAAAAGGUUGAAUAACCAUCUUUUUCAAAGAAUGAACAAUUACCUGAACAUUUAUAAAAUGCCUUAAGCAAUCUUUAAAAUGGAAUUUCAUAAUAUAGAAAUGGUAAUUUAAUUUAAAACAAAUAUGCUAAUGCUUUAACAAUGUUAGCAGAAUUGAUAAAUUCUCAUAAUAAUCUUUUAUAAAAAUUGGAUAAAGAUUAAGAUGAUUAUGAAGUUGAAAUCUAAUAAAUAUAAAUAUAUUUGACUUCAUUAAAUCAAGAUAUUGAAGCUUUGAAAAGAUAUGAAACACCAAAAGCAGUAAGAAGAAUCUUAAACAAUUAAAGUCCUUUAUAGGCAAGAUCAUAGUCUCCAUCAUUAUCAUCAGAAGAAGUAUUUUCAAAAAUUAUGACACAUAUUGAACAUCUCUAACUUGAUCCUCAUAAUGUACCAACAAUUAUUAAAUAAAUUUCUUUAUUAAAUUCAUUAGUUAGAUUAAAGAAUGAAGAUUUGAAAUUGAUUGGAAAUAAUAAUAAAUUAAGAGGAUCACCUGUUCGAUAUUCAGUUGAAAGGUCUAAUGGAAGUAUUAGAGUAUUGACACCAAUAAAAUACAUAAGUCCAAUUAGAGUAUCUCCAACUAGACAUCACACUUAUAAUACAAAUAUAAGUGUUCCCCAAAGGGUUUCUAUAAUUCAUCCUAAUAUAUCUGAUUCAAUUUAAACUUAAUAAAGGCCAGGUAUAGCAGAUUCAUUCCCAUAAUAAUCAAAAGAAGAAUUUUAAAAUGCUUUAAGUUAGUUUAGAGAUAAUUAAGACAGAUUAUAUUAAUUAGAAUAAGAAAAAUUAAGUUUUUAAGAGUAAAUUUAAUAUUGGAAAUAAAAAUUUGAAGAGGAAAUAGAAAAAAACAAUUAAAAUUUAUCACCAGAAAGCAUUGAAUAAAAAUUAUUGAAAGAAAUUAAAAAGAAUUAAGAAUUGUUUUCUGAAAUUCUUUUACUUAAACAAGAAAUUUAAAAACUAUAAAAAUAAGUUGAUUUUGAAUAAGAAAAGUUGCAUGAUUAAGCAAUAAAAUCAAUAGAAUAGCAAUCCCAAUAAGAAAAAAAAUGUUAAAACUUAGAAAUAAUGCAAUAGUAGUUAGAUUAAUAAAAUAAAGAAUAAGAAAAAUAAAUAUAAGAUUUAAUAAGAUAAUUAUAAGUAAAUGAUGAAGAAAAAAUAAAAUUGAAAAAUUAAUUAUAAAAAUAAGAAGAAAGUUUACCUUAAUAACCAAUUGAAAACUUAAAAAUUUAAUUAUGUGAACCUAUUCUUAUUGAAAAAAAUAAAUAAUAAGAUUAACAAUAAAAUGAAAUUGACAUUUUGAAAAAUAAAAAUAUUGAAUUAUAAGAAAAAAUUAUAAAAAUUUAAGAUGAAUUAAAUAAUAUGAAUUCUUAAUAAAGAGUUUAAAUUUAAAACCCAAUUAAUUAAUAGGGAAUGUAAACAGAUUCUGAAAAAAUAUUAAAAAUAAGUUAGUUAGAGUAAGAAAAUUAAAAAUUAAAAACUUAAAUUAAAGAUGUUGAAUAAUAAAGAUAAACUGACUUAAAAGAAUUCUAAGACAUGAUUGGUAAUGGUGUAUAAGAAUAAAAAGUUGUAGCUUUAAUGAAAGAUAAGCAGGAUUUAUAAAAAUAAAUUAGAGAUUAAUAAAAUCAAAUUGAUCAACUUUAAUAAAAAUAAAUUUUGUUAUAAGCAGAUUUAUUAAGUAAAACAAAAGAAUUAUAAACCUAUGAUGCAUAAAAUUAAUAAUAGGCAAAUAUUUCAUAAGAUGAAUAAUAGACUGAUCUAAUUAAUUAAUUAUAAAAAUAAUUAUAAUAAGCUAAAUAACAAUAUUAAGAACUGUUAGAAACUGCAUAAUAAAAUAUAACUCCAAAUGGUUUGAAAGAAAAAGUCUUAUAAUAGCAAACUACUAUCCAUGAUUAAUAGGAUUAGAUAGUAAAUCUUUAAUCAGAAUUAGAAAAAGAACUUCCUAAAUUACAAGGAUAAUUAACUUAAGUUCAAUAAGAAUUAUUAGCUGCUUAAAAUGAUGCUUAAUUAUAAGCAAAAAGAUAUUAAGAUUUACUGGCUAAGAAACAACCAGAAAAUUAACAAAAUGAUGAUAAAUUAGAAAUUUCCUAAGUUGAAGCAUAAUAAUUAAAAUAAUAAAAUUAAGAACUUCAAAAUGCUUUGUAAAAUUUAGAAUCAGAAAAGAAAUAAUCUGCUUUAGAAUUACAAAAGUUAUAAUAAGCUAAGGAUGAAAUAGAUAGUUUGUAAAGAGAAAAAAAUUUAGCUGAAUAAUUAUAAAAUAUUUUAUAAGAAUAAGUGAAAGACUUGUAAAAUUAGAUAACAGAUUUCAAAAAAAAAGAAGAAAAUCUAAAAUUAGAAAUAAAAAAUUACAAAGAUAAUUAAAGUGAAUUAAUAGGUAAUAAUUAAUAAGUAGAUGCUCAAAAGAUUAAGGAUUAACUCUAAGAACAAUAAUAGUAAGGAUAAGAAAAGCAAGAUUAAGGAUAAAUUCAAGCAGAAAAUGUAGAAGCGUUAAAGGAUUUAAUUUAAAAGUUAAAUUUUGAGAAGGAGUAAAACUAAAGAGAACUUGAUUAAUUAUCUAAUUACAAAUAAGAAAAUGAAGACUUAAGAAAAUAAAAGCUUGAGCUUUAGAAUUAAGUACUUGAAAAAUAAAACUAAAUCAAUAAAUUAUAAGAUAAUAAAAUUUAGACAGAAAAUGUUGAAAAUUAAAAUUUAAAAUUUUAGACAGAUCCUGAAAAAAAUUUAAAAAUAAGUUAACUUACUUAAGAAAAUUAAUAGUUGAAAAAUUAAAUCACUCAAAUAGAAGAUCAAAAGAAAGAAGAUUUGAAAUAAUUUUAGAAUAUGAUUGGUAAUGGGGUUAAUGAACAAUAGAUUGUGGAUUUAUUCCGCUAAAAAUAAGAUCUUUAAUCAGAAAUUAGAUAAUUAUAAAACUAACUUGACAAAGUAUAGCAAGAAUCCAUAUAUUUAUAAGAAUAAUUGGCUGAAAAAAAUAAAUAAAUAAUUGAAUUACAUUAGACAUUGCCUCAAGAUGAAUAAAAACUUAUUAUAAUAGAAAAUUAGAAGGAAAUAGAAUAACUAAAAACUUAACUGAAUAAAACAAAACAACAAUAUUAAGAACUCUUAGAAAUUCAAUCUUAAAAUUUAACUCCAAAUGGCCAAAAAGAAAAGUUACUUUAAAAUGCAAAAUAAAUCCAUGAAUUAGAACAACUUCUUUUAGAAAAGUAAUAAGAAAUAGAAACUUAAAUUCCAUAAUUAUAAGGACAGCUAAAAGAAUUUUAACAAAAGUAUGCUGAUUCUUAAAAUGAAGCUUAACUUUUGAAUGAUAGAUACUAAAAUUUGCUAAGUCAAAAACCAUUAGAUGUACCUGAAUAACGAGAAGAAAAUUAAGUUUUGGCUGAAUUAAAAGAAAAAAAUAAAAGUUAAGAGGAAUAAAUUAAGUAAUUGAUUUUAGAUUAAAAGUAAUCUUAAACUAAUCAAACAUCAAUGUCAGAAGAAAUAUCUGAUCUAGGUAGAUAGAAUAACUUGCUAUAAUAGCAAUUAUAAUUAACAGAAUAGUAAUUAAAUUAAAUUUAGCAUGAUUUGAAUGAACAAAGAUCACUAAUUCAGUAAAAAGAUGAGGAAAUUUUGAAAUUAAAAAAUGAGCUAAUAGAAACAAAUGGAGAUUUUUGGAAAUAAGAGUAUCAAAAAUUAUAAAAUUAGUAAGAGGGACAGCCUCCUUCAAAUUAGGUUCCCUAAUAAGGCAAAAUUUAAUAGGAUGAUGAAAAGAAUGCUAAUGAAGUUAUAAAUACUUUAUAAUCUUAAUUAACAAUUUUAUAAUAAUAAGGUAAUGAUUACUAGUAGAUUUAAUAAGAAAAUGAACAACUAAAAUAAAGUAAACUUUAAUUAUAAAAUGAACUAUUAAAUGCACAAAAUACAUUGAAUUAAUUGUUUUCAGGUUAAUUACCACAAAAAGCAGAUAAUAAUUUAUAAUUAGAUCCAACUAAAGCUCUUUAAAUUAGCUAAUUAUAAUAAGAAAAUUAACAAUUAAAGAAAUAGAUUAUUGAUAUAGAAGCAGAAAGAAAAGAAGAUUUGAAAAAUUUUGAAAAUAUAGUGGGUACUGGACCAGAUGGAAAAUAAAUUGUAUCAUUAAUAUCCGAAAAACAAUCAUUAUAGUAAAAGUUAAGAAAUUUAGAAAAUCAAAUAGAUUAAUUACAAUAAUCGUAAAUCAUUUUAUAGAGUCAACUGCUUGAAAAAAAUUAAUAACUUAUGGAUUUAUAUGAUGAACAAAAUUAACAAAAUGCUAAUAUAAAACUAUAACAACUUUAAGCAUAAAUUGAUUUGUUAUAGAAACAACUAGAAAAAUCAAAGUAGUAAUAUUAAGAAUUACUGGAAAUAUAAUCAUAAGCAGUUACUCCUAAUGGAUAAAAAGAAGAAAUUUUAUAAAAAACACAAUUAAUUCAUUAGUAGGAAGAAGAAAUAUAAACAUUAUAACAUCAAAUAGAAUAAAAUUUACCUUAAAUGAUUGGUAAACUUGAAGAAGCCUAAUUAAAAUUAAAGUAAGCAGAAGAGGAGGCUAAUUUAUGGAAAAAUAAACAUUAAAUGCUACUAGAUAAUCGACCAAAUAUCUAAUAAGCAAUUAUAGAUAAAUAAUCUAUUAAAGAACUCAAUUUAGAAUAAGCUCAACAAGCUGUAUAAGAUUUAUUAAUUAAAUAAGAAUAGAAUGAACAACAGUAAUAAGGUUCAUAGAAAAAAAUAAUUGAACAAGAAACUUAAUUAUAGCAAUUAUAGGAUGAGAAAGAUAAUCUUUAAAGAGAAAAAAAUUUAUUAUAAGAAUAAAAUCAAAUAGUUCAAUAACAAAAUGAUUAAUAAAAAUAAUAGAUUGAAGAAUUAAAAAAUUAAAACUUGGAAAAUAGAUAAUAAAUAUUAGAAUUGAGAAAUCAAUUGGAAUAAGAAAAUGCUGAAUUUUGGAAAACAGAAUACCAAAAAUUAGCAAAUAAACAUGGAGAAGAUAUUCCUAUAUAAUUCCCAAGUUAGAAAUAAGUAGGUCCUUAAAGUUAAUAAAAAGAUGAAGGAAAUUAAACUGAAGUUAUAUAAGAUUUGAAAAAAUAGAAUGAAUUACUAUAAACAUAAUUAGAAGAUUAAAAUGAACUAUAAAAAGAAAAUGAUGAAUUAAAGGCUAUUAAAUUAUAACUUUAAGAUUAAUUAUUAUAAGUGUAAAAAUAAUUAUAAGAAGUAUUAUCUGAAUAGGUUCCAAAAUAAAUUGCAUCAUCAAAUUCAAUUCAAUUUUAAACUGAUCCUUAAAAAGCAUUAUAAAUAAGUUAAUUAUAAUAAACUAAUUAAGCAUUAAAUUAAUAAAUUGAAGAAUUAUAAUAAUAAAGAAAAGAUGAUUUAUAGAAAUUUUAAGAUAUGAUUGGAAAUGGAGUAAAUGAAUAAUAAAUUGUUAAUUUAAUGUCUGAAAAAUAAUAAUUAUAAGCUGAUCUUAGAAUGUUAUAAAGUAAAUUAGAUUAAAUUUAAUAAGAAUAAUUAGCUUUAUAAAGUUAAUUAACAUAAAAAACAAAAUAAUUAAUUGAUAUUCAUGAUGAUAUUAAAUAAGAUGAAUAAAUUUAAUAAUAAUAAUAAUUAUUAAAUGAAAAUGAAUUAUUAAAGAAAUAAUUAGAAAAAGUUAAAAGUCAAUAUUAAGAACUUUUAGAAUUAUAAUCUUAAAAUUUAACACCUAAUGGAUUAUAAGAGAAAUUAUUAUAAUAAACAAAAUAAAUUCAUGAUUUAGAAGAAUAAAAUCAUAUUUAAUAACAUUAAAUUGAAACUGAAAUUCCUUAAUUAGUAGGAGAACUUACAGAAACUAAAUAAAGAUUGAAAGAUGCAAUUACAGAUGCAUAAUUAUGGAAUGAUAAAUAUCAUGAUUUAUUAGAUCAUAAAUAAAGUACUUAACCUUAACACAAGGAAGAAGAUAUUGCUUAAAUGACAAAAGAAGAAGCAUAAUAAGCUUUAUCAGAUUUGUAAUAAUAGUAUUAAAAUUCAUUAUUAAAACAAAAAUAAGCUUAAGAUAAUGGAGAAGAACUUAAAUAACAAUUAAUUAAGGCUCAAGAUAAUAUUGAUAAUUAAUAAAGAGAUAUAAAAUUAUUAAAAGAAGAAAAGGAUAUAGCUGAAAAAUAAAAUAUCUCUCUUUAAAAUUAAAUGAAUGAUCUUAAAUUAAAGGAUUAAGAAAAUAGAUAAUAAAUAUUAGAAUUGAGAAAUUAAUUAGAAUAAGAAAAUGCUGAAUUUUGGAAAACAGAAUACCAAAAAUUAGCAAAUAAACAUGGAGAAGAUAUUCCUAUAUAAUUCCCAAGUUAGAAAUAAGUAGGUCCUUAAAGUUAAUAAAAAGAUGAAGGAAAUUAAACUGAAGUUAUAUAAGAUUUGAAAAAAUAGAAUGAAUUACUAUAAACAUAAUUAGAAGAUUAAAAUGAACUAUAAAAAGAAAAUGAUGAAUUAAAGGCUAUUAAAUUAUAACUUUAAGAUUAAUUAUUAUAAGUGUAAAAAUAAUUGUAAGAAGUAUUAUCUGAAUAGGUUCCAAAAUAAAUUGCAUCAUCAAGUUCAAUUCAAUUUUAAACUGAUCCUUAAAAAGCUUUAUAAAUAAGUUAAUUAUAAUAAACUAAUUAAGCAUUAAAUUAAUAAAUUGAAGAAUUAUAAUAAUAAAGAAAAGAUGAUUUAUAGAAAUUUUAAGAUAUGAUUGGAAAUGGAGUAAAUGAAUAAUAAAUUGUUAAUUUAAUGUCUGAAAAAUAAUAAUUAUAAGCUGAUCUUAGAAUGUUAUAAAGUAAAUUAGAUUAAAUUUAAUAAGAAUAAUUAGCUUUAUAAAGUUAAUUAACAUAAAAAACAAAAUAAUUAAUUGAUAUUCAUGAUGAUAUUAAAUAAGAUGAAUAAAUUUAAUAAUAAUAAUAAUUAUUAAAUGAAAAUGAAUUAUUAAAGAAAUAAUUAGAAAAAGUUAAAAAUCAAUAUUAAGAACUUUUAGAAUUAUAAUCUUAAAAUUUAACACCUAAUGGAUUAUAAGAGAAAUUAUUAUAAUAAACAAAAUAAAUUCAUGAUUUAGAAGAAUAAAAUCAUAUUUAAUAACAUUAAAUUGAAACUGAAAUUCCUUAAUUAGUAGGAGAACUUACAGAAACUAAAUAAAGAUUGAAAGAUGCAAUUACAGAUGCAUAAUUAUGGAAUGAUAAAUAUCAUGAUUUAUUAGAUCAUAAAUAAAGUACUUAACCUUAACACAAGGAAGAAGAUAUUGCUUAAAUGACAAAAGAAGAAGCAUAAUAAGCUUUAUCAGAUUUGUAAUAAUAGUAUUAAAAUUCAUUAUUAAAACAAAAAUAAGCUUAAGAUAAUGGAGAAGAACUUAAAUAACAAUUAAUUAAGGCUCAAGAUAAUAUUGAUAAUUAAUAAAGAGAUAUAAAAUUAUUAAAAGAAGAAAAGGAUAUAGCUGAAAAAUAAAAUAUCUCUCUUUAAAAUUAAAUGAAUGAUCUUAAAUUAAAGGAUUAAGAAAAUAGAUAAUAAAUAUUAGAAUUGAGAAAUUAAUUAGAAUAAGAAAAUGCUGAAUUUUGGAAAACAGAAUACCAAAAAUUAGCAAAUAAACAUGGAGAAGAUAUUCCUAUAUAAUUCCCAAGUUAGAAAUAAGUAGGUCCUUAAAGUUAAUAAAAAGAUGAAGGAAAUUAAACUGAAGUUAUAUAAGAUUUGAAAAAAUAGAAUGAAUUACUAUAAACAUAAUUAGAAGAUUAAAAUGAACUAUAAAAAGAAAAUGAUGAAUUAAAGGCUAUUAAAUUAUAACUUUAAGAUUAAUUAUUAUAAGUGUAAAAAUAAUUGUAAGAAGUAUUAUCUGAAUAGGUUCCAAAAUAAAUUGCAUCAUCAAGUUCAAUUCAAUUUUAAACUGAUCCUUAAAAAGCUUUAUAAAUAAGUUAAUUAUAAUAAACUAAUUAAGCAUUAAAUUAAUAAAUUGAAGAAUUAUAAUAAUAAAGAAAAGAUGAUUUAUAGAAAUUUUAAGAUAUGAUUGGAAAUGGAGUAAAUGAAUAAUAAAUUGUUAAUUUAAUGUCUGAAAAAUAAUAAUUAUAAGCUGAUCUUAGAAUGUUAUAAAGUAAAUUAGAUUAAAUUUAAUAAGAAUAAUUAGCUUUAUAAAGUUAAUUAACAUAAAAAACAAAAUAAUUAAUUGAUAUUCAUGAUGAUAUUAAAUAAGAUGAAUAAAUUUAAUAAUAAUAAUAAUUAUUAAAUGAAAAUGAAUUAUUAAAGAAAUAAUUAGAAAAAGUUAAAAAUCAAUAUUAAGAACUUUUAGAAUUAUAAUCUUAAAAUUUAACACCUAAUGGAUUAUAAGAGAAAUUAUUAUAAUAAACAAAAUAAAUUCAUGAUUUAGAAGAAUAAAAUCAUAUUUAAUAACAUUAAAUUGAAACUGAAAUUCCUUAAUUAGUAGGAGAACUUACAGAAACUAAAUAAAGAUUGAAAGAUGCAAUUACAGAUGCAUAAUUAUGGAAUGAUAAAUAUCAUGAUUUAUUAGAUCAUAAAUAAAGUACUUAACCUUAACACAAGGAAGAAGAUAUUGCUUAAAUGACAAAAGAAGAAGCAUAAUAAGCUUUAUCAGAUUUGUAAUAAUAGUAUUAAAAUUCAUUAUUAAAACAAAAAUAAGCUUAAGAUAAUGGAGAAGAACUUAAAUAACAAUUAAUUAAGGCUCAAGAUAAUAUUGAUAAUUAAUAAAGAGAUAUAAAAUUAUUAAAAGAAGAAAAGGAUAUAGCUGAAAAAUAAAAUAUCUCUCUUUAAAAUUAAAUGAAUGAUCUUAAAUUAAAGGAUUAAGAAAAUAGAUAAUAAAUAUUAGAAUUGAGAAAUUAAUUAGAAUAAGAAAAUGCUGAAUUUUGGAAAACAGAAUACCAAAAAUUAGCAAAUAAACAUGGAGAAGAUAUUCCUAUAUAAUUCCCAAGUUAGAAAUAAGUAGGUCCUUAAAGUUAAUAAAAAGAUGAAGGAAAUUAAACUGAAGUUAUAUAAGAUUUGAAAAAAUAGAAUGAAUUACUAUAAACAUAAUUAGAAGAUUAAAAUGAACUAUAAAAAGAAAAUGAUGAAUUAAAGGCUAUUAAAUUAUAACUUUAAGAUUAAUUAUUAUAAGUGUAAAAAUAAUUGUAAGAAGUAUUAUCUGAAUAGGUUCCAAAAUAAAUUGCAUCAUCAAGUUCAAUUCAAUUUUAAACUGAUCCUUAAAAAGCUUUAUAAAUAAGUUAAUUAUAAUAAACUAAUUAAGCAUUAAAUUAAUAAAUUGAAGAAUUAUAAUAAUAAAGAAAAGAUGAUUUAUAGAAAUUUUAAGAUAUGAUUGGAAAUGGAGUAAAUGAAUAAUAAAUUGUUAAUUUAAUGUCUGAAAAAUAAUAAUUAUAAGCUGAUCUUAGAAUGUUAUAAAGUAAAUUAGAUUAAAUUUAAUAAGAAUAAUUAGCUUUAUAAAGUUAAUUAACAUAAAAAACAAAAUAAUUAAUUGAUAUUCAUGAUGAUAUUAAAUAAGAUGAAUAAAUUUAAUAAUAAUAAUAAUUAUUAAAUGAAAAUGAAUUAUUAAAGAAAUAAUUAGAAAAAGUUAAAAAUCAAUAUUAAGAACUUUUAGAAUUAUAAUCUUAAAAUUUAACACCUAAUGGAUUAUAAGAGAAAUUAUUAUAAUAAACAAAAUAAAUUCAUGAUUUAGAAGAAUAAAAUCAUAUUUAAUAACAUUAAAUUGAAACUGAAAUUCCUUAAUUAGUAGGAGAACUUACAGAAACUAAAUAAAGAUUGAAAGAUGCAAUUACAGAUGCAUAAUUAUGGAAUGAUAAGUAUCAUUAACUUUUAGGAGAUCAUUAAUAAGCAUCACCUUAAUAAAUUAAGGAUUUAGAGGAGAAAUUAACAGAAGCAUAGAAUGAAGCUCAAAGGGAAAAAGAAAAAUAUAAUAACUUAUUUUAAGAAUAAUAUUAAUAAUUAUCUCCAUCUUCCGCUUAAGCAAAACUUUUGUAGGCAAUUAAUUAAAUUAACGAGUUGAAAGCCUAAUUAGAAGCUUAUGAAAAUACAAGAAUUAAAAAUUUAAUUGAAAAGGAACCUUCUUAAGAAAUUGAAAAGCUCUAAGAAGAUCUCCUUAAUUAUUAAAAAUAGGUUGAGAUGUAAGAUAAAUUGAAUGAAAUUUAAUAACAAUAAAUUGAAUUUUUGAAAACCUAACUUUCUUAAAGAGAGUAAAAAUAAUAAAUGAAACAGGAUUAAGAAGAUGAAGAGACUUAACAAUCUUUGAGAGAUCAAAAUAUUAUCCUUUAAGCAUAGCUUGCUUAAAAGUAAAAAGAGUUGGAUAAUGCAUAGACAGUUUUAAUAUAAAAUCAAUAGAUUAUUGAUGAAUAUAAAUAGGAAUAACUAAAGUCUGAGUUUUGGAAGAAAUAAUACACAGAAUUGAUGUCUUAAUAGGCUCCUGCUGAUUAAUAAAAGUAAAUCUUAAAGUAAAAAGAAUCCCAAUUAACUUAAGAAAUUAAAUAACCCUAAUCCUCAAAUAAUGAUAACUUAUAAGAACAAAUCAAUAAUUUAUAAAUUGAGAGAACUUCUCUUUAGCAAUAAUUAAUUCAAGUUUAAGGAAAGCUUAAUUUAGUAUCGUAAAAUCUUGAAAAUAUAGAUAGCCCUUAAUAAGGAUAAGAAAGUUAAGGAUAAAUUUAAAAAUUAAACAGAGAAAUAUAAGAAUUACAACAAAGAAAUUAAAAGUAUAAAUUUUUAUUUAUUGUAGCUUAAUUGAAUAAAUGAAAUCUGCGUUGAGUGGAGAUGAUUAAGGAUAAAAAUUAGCACAGUUAAUAGAGAAAAAUAACUAAUUGAGCCUGAACAAUUCAAAAUUAAUAAUAGAUCUUGAUGUAAAUCAAAAAGAACUAUUAAAAUAAUAAGGCUAAAAUUAAGUUUUAAUUGAAAAGGUUAAAGAUCUCUCUGAUCCAUCUGUUACCGAAAACGCAAAGUUGCGAGUUUCAGAUUUAUAAAGGUAGAUAGAUUUGAUUGGUUAACAAGUAGAUUUUUGGAAAUAAAAAUAUUAAUAAGUUCUAAAUGAAUACAGCUAAUAGCUAUCUCCAACAAGUGUUUAGAGAAAAAUGCUUGAAUAGGCACAAUAUAUUCAUUAGUAAGAGGAAGCAUUAUUGAUGUUACAAUAAACUACAGAUCAAACUAAAUUAGAUAAUGAAAAUUAAAUUAACUAACUAAAAAUUGAAAAUAAAAUGUUAAAUGAUGAGAAUCUUAAUUUGAAAAAGAGAAUUUAAGAAUAAGAAAAUUAGUCUUAAUAAAUAUCAAGAUAAUAUAUAUAAUCUUAAGAUUAAAAUGAUAAAUAAAUUUCAUUUUGGAAAGAGAAAUACUAGGAAGCCUUAUAAGCUUUACACAAAGAUCCAUAGAAAGUUUAAGAUAUUAUUUAACAAUAAGAAGAAUCAGCAUAAAAUAUAUAACCAGAUAAAGACUGGUAACCAAUAUUAAAACAAUAAGAUUUAAGUUCAGAAAUAAUUGAUAAAUUAAGAAGUGAAAAUCAAACAUUUUAGGGAGAAGUGACAUUUUACAAAAAGAGAGUUUAUGAACUUGAAUAAUAAUAAUAAAAGCCAGAUCCUAGCUAAUAAGACACAAUUUAAUCAUAAUAGUAUUAAAUUAGCUAACUUGAUCGAGAUUUGUAAAAAGCUCUUCAAACUUCUGCCUAUUGGGAAUAAAAAUAUAAUGAUGUAGUUUAGUAAAGUAUUAACAAAGAAGUAGGUUAAAGAGGUGAUGCUUAAAAUACAGCAAGUUAUUGGAGAUAAAAAUUUGAUCAAGCUGAAUAAAGCAGAUAAUAACUAAUGUAAGUAAUUUAAGAAAAAGAAGAAUAAAUAGAAUAGCAUAUGUAGUCUUUCUAAUCAAUUCUUAAAGAUGAAUUAAAAGAAGAACUAACAAAAAUUAGAAAUCAAGAAAGAUAGAAAAUUGAAUUACAACUUUAAUAAAAUUAACCAUACAAUGAAUCUAAUUUAAUUUAAAAACUAAAAGAAUAACAUGAAAUUGAGAAAUAGUAAUUAAUUUAAGAAUUUUUGAGAAGAAUUGAUUAGUUGUUAUAAAGUAAUGUCUAGAAAUAUCCAGAAGGAGAAAAUUGGAAAGAAUUAAUUUUAAGAUAUGAAAAAUAGAGAUAAAAUGAGCUUUAUGAGUUAAGACAACAUUUAGAAAUAUUAUAAAGAUCAUAAAUUUAAACUAAAGAUAUAGAAUUUUAUGCUGAACGAAGGGCAUAUGAAAAUGCUAUUAAUGAAUUAAAAAAUAGAAUUUAAUAAGAUGAUCCAUAAGAAUUAUAUGAUACUAUUGAAUAUUAAAGAAAGGUUAUUUUAGAUUUAGAGGAUUAAGUUGUGUUCUUAUAAAAUGAAAGAACCAAUCUCGAAAUGCAUAUUAUGCAACUCAAUUAAUAAAUUGAUCAACUCAAGGAUAAUAUAUCUAGAUAUUAAAUGUAAUCAGAUAAUAGAAAAAGAUAAAGAGCUGAAGUCUUAGAAGCUAUUGAUGAAAUGAAAAGAGAAAGAGCUCGUGAAAGAGAAUCCUAUAAAUCACCUCAUAGAUAAAUGAGAUAGAGUUAAAAUAGAUCUUCAUGGGAUAGAUACCCUAAAGAUUAUUUAAGACCUUCAAAUAUUUAGUAGCCUUCCUAAUUCUAAGAACAUAGUUCUCCUAUGUAAAGAAUACCAUUCUAAUAAUCUUAAUUUGUGUCUCCUUAACAAGAAAAUAGAGACAUAGUAUUAAAAUUACAAGAAUUAGAUGAAGUAAAACAUAAAUAUCAAAAUGCACUAAAUAAUAUUUUGUAGUUAGAAGCUUAAGUAAUAGAGAAAUUAUAACAAGAUGAUAUUCAAAUAGAAUGA